AUGCUGUCAAUCCCACUGAAGAAGAGUGAUCCGGUGGAUCUGUACCGGCCGUUACGCUACUUGGUAGCGAGAAAAUAUUCAGAGAGCGAUGCACAGAGUGUUGAAAGCAUUCUGGAAACCCUAAACAAAUGCCGCAGCGACAUGGUGGGGCGAGGGGACCUCUCCCUUCCCAUGCAACGUGACUGCCUCAUUCACUACUUCAAAUGUCUUUGCAUGGUUGACCCACUCUUCACCGCCAUCUCCUCCGACUCCCAUUCCGACCCCAUCGUCUUUGUCUGGUACGACGCCUUCUACUCUGAGCAUGAGAAUGGAGUCUCCUCGCAGCGCAACAGCAUCCAAUUGGAGAAGGCUGCUGUUCUCUUCAACCUUGGCGCCAUAUACAGCCAGAUUGGAGCCUCUUGCGACCGCACCACUGCCCUUGGCCGUCACCUUGCAAUGGAUGCCUUCAAUGCCGCCGCCAAAUUCUUCUCGGAACUCUGGAAGGUUUUCGCCAAGGACAUCUCCGCCACCCUCGACUUGACUCUCCUCUUCACCGAGACUCUGCACCACCUCUUCUCCGCUCAGGCUUCCGAGCUCAAAUUACAGCAACAACUCCACGACAACAACAACGCCGCCAGGUCCGCUCUCCAACAACAUAUAAUUGCCGUUUCGUUUAAAUCGGUUUUUGAGAAUUAUCAGAGAGCAUACGAUCUGAUACUAAGUGAUUCGGCUGCAACCGAACAUGUCUUCUCAUUUGACCGAACUUGGAUAACCCAUUGUUACCAGAAGAUGAAAUUCUUUCGGGUGGAGGCUUGUCAGAGGCGAUCAUCCAUCCUACCCAAAUCCCAGUUACCUAAAACAUCCUCACUGGUCCAAUCCUGUCCUCUUGAUCAUGAUGCAGAAUCUGUAACUGAAAAAUUAGUUAGCGGGAGUUGCAGCCGCGCGGACCUGUCGAUACCCAAGGUAGAUGGAAUAGACCUUGACCUCAUCCUAUCCGAGUACAGCCCUUUCAAGAUUAUGGAAGGUGGAAAGCUGGUGGCUAACCCAUGGGACAUGCCUCCUCCUUAUCCAACAAAUUUCUCAAUCCUCUCCCCUCCCUCUCCCUCUUCCUCUUCCUCUUCGUCCUCGUCACUUAUUCUGGCAUUUCCCUUUAAGAAGAGUGAGCCCUUAGACUUCUACGAGUCCCUGCGCAACUACUUUGUGCUCAAAUACUCUGAGAGCAUGGCAGAGAGAGUAGAAGGCCUUCUCCAAAUGCUAAACAAAUUGCGUGGUGAAAUGCUGCGUGACGACCUCUCUCUACCCAUGCGCCGUGACUGCCUCAUCCGCUAUUUGAAAUGCCUUUGCAUGAUUGAGCCUUUGUUCCCUAUGACUACCUCACCCAACCCACCUAUCUUUAUUUGGUACGAUGCCUUCAACCCACAACAGGACUCUUCUCAGCACAAUAUCCAUUUGGAGAAGGCCUCUGUUCUCUUCAACCUGGGAGCCCUCUCCACCCACAUUGCUCUUUCCUGCGAUCUCACCAACACCUUUGGCCAGCGCAUGGCCAUAGACGCCUUGAAUGAUGCUUCACAUUGGUUCUUAAAACUAACGCAUGAGGCUGAGAAGACAUCUGCCACCAUUGACUUGUCAAUAAGCUGCGUCCAGAUGCUGCGCGAGAUAUUAACGGCUCAGAUUGCUGAAUUGGAAUGCAAAUUUCCUGGUUCCCGUUAUAUAUCAUUUUCUGCUGCAUCUCCUGUUUUAAAUCUUUCUCGGAGAGCUUUACAUCGAUUGUGGAGUAUGAAGUCGAAAACCCGCCGUUUUAAAUUUACUUGUAUUGAUGUCUCUCAUAAAUUUCUUAGAGGUUAUUGUGAGGCUCAAUCCCUGCUUUCAGAGGGAUGUCUGCCACCAUGCUUGGACCUUCUCUCCGAGGCUGGGCCUGUCAUGAUUAAGGAUGGAAAUCUUGUGGCCAACCUUUGAGGCAGCAACGUUGACAUAGAGAAAAACUAAACAAGCUUUAGGAAUGAACUUUCUAUUUUCUUUUUUAAAUUGGAUGUUGGAAUUUUGUUUGUCCAAGCUAGAAGCUUAGAACUAUUUUUGUGAAUAUAUUAUCCUCGUAAUUUUAUGUUUGUUGAUUUGUGAAUAUAUUCCUUCUUAUUCUUCACUACUAAUUCGUAGUGAUUUGUA